AUGACACUAAAAGCCUUUAUAUCACUGGUCUUCGAUUUAAUUGGCCUAGAAGAUGGACAGACAAACCAGGAUGCAACUUUACCUUACAUUGUUGCCACAUCAAUUGUCCCAAACAAGAUCAAUCAACAAUCAUCAGAAUCUUCAACAUCCAAUAUUAUGGAGAAAAACAAUGAUGUUGGAUUGUGUUGUGUGUGCUUGUCUAUGUUAAACAACAAAGAUGAAACUCGUGUGCUUCCUUGUUCGCACGAAUUUCAUAAGGUCUGUGUGAAUAGUUGGCUAAAGGGUCAUCAUAAAACAUGUCCAUUGUGUCGUUUUUCAAUGGGAGCUGAGGAAAAGUCUCAUCGUGCUGAAAUGUUUUCUGAAGAGAUGCUAAUAUGGUUUUCUUCUUUUCAUAUUGCUGGGAAUUCGAAGUAUUGGAAGUUUGAAUUCAAAUUGAGUUUUGGCGCUCUCUGCAAAAGAAAGAUUCGAAAUUCAAAUUUUUGA